UUUAUGAUUAUUUUUGUUUCUGGCUACAUUCAAACUAUAAAGAACUUGUCUAUACAAUGUUUCAUAGCGAAAAUACGUACUUGUUGCUUACACAAUUAAUCAUAAUAUUCUUUAAACACUUAUUGUUAUGUAAUAAGAAUUGCUGGCAAUGAACCAAAAUAUUUCUCAGUGUAUAAGUGCUCUAAUAAUAGAGUAUCGAUAUAUAUGUAUACAUGUUUAAUGAUGAAAAUAUACAUGUAUGUUAAUGCUUUUUCUUUCAGUAGAUAUCAUAGACCAUAUGUUGACAAAUCGAUUAUAUAACAUUUGCAGGAAACGGUUAACUUGAAUCAGUUACAAUUAAUGAUUAGAUUUGUUAUAUAAAUUAAUUUAAACUGGAAUUAUAUUUUUUUUAAAAAAUGAGCCAGAAAUGUGAAAAUCAGUCCCAAAAACUGACCUGUGUGUAAAUGUAAAUAUAUAUGUGCAUCAAAUAUGUUAAGUAUGUGAAAUGCCUGAACUUUAAUAUAUGCGUUCCGAACUUCCGUACGUGUCGGUUGGUUAUUGAUUAUUGAACAAUGCAAUUGAUUAAAAACUAUUUAAAGGAGAGAGCAUUGCCAAAUCAUUGACAUAAAGGUGAUAAAAUGCCCGACAGUAUUGAUAUGCUUUGCUUGGCAAGUAUGUUAAUCCACGAAACUUCUUAAAACGCUUUUAUUCAUUAUGCAAACAACAUAAAAAUGCAUUAUGUACAUGUUCUAUGUUUUUAUUGUUGUUACAUAUUUUACGCUUGUUAAAGAUUACUAUCUGCUCAUUUAAAGACUUUACUGUACUCGGUAAUGAAUUAAUAAACAAUAACAUUUCAACAAUUAAACAUUUUAUAUGAGAUAGAAUUAAUGGUUGACAAGUUUUAAAAGUUAUUUUCACACACAUCAUUUACAAUACAUGUAAAAUAUAUACAUGUAUGUGUACAUGACACGUGCACAUUGCAAGUUAUGAAAGGAACGUUGGUGGCCACUCAGGUGCCCGUGCAUGCUUGAAAUAAUGCACGGAGGGGUAACUGAGGUCUUCCUCCACUAGUAAAGCUGGAUAGUCGCCACAUGACCUUCAAAGUGUCGGCGUGACUCAACAAAAGAGUGGCGCCCCUUUUCCCGCCAAAAGUAAAGUCAGCCUCUGAAGUAGGGAAACUGUUGGAUUGAUGGCGCUGAGAUUUCUGCGAUGUAAAACUGUGUAUGGACACACAACAAAGUUUAUUUCUAAACGAAUAACUGUAUAUCCAGACAAGUUCAGAUUGAGUAAAUCCACAGCGUCGGCCGAUGUGGCAUCAGACGAAAAUCGAACUUUUUCAACAGUACAAACGGAAAAUAAAAGGAAGUUAGAUGACGGACACCCGAAUAUUGAUUUAUCAUUUGCAAACCCACAGGAGGCAUAUAGGAGUAAAACUACAGGGGAACUGUUACGAGCAUAUUUCGUCUUCCAGUUAUGUUCAAUACCAUUGAUUGUUACCCAUAAUAAAACGUUAAUGAAAUGGAGUCAGUCAAUCCUUGGAACCAAACUCUUUCACAAAUUGAUGAAGGCAACAUUCUAUGGUCAGUUUGUGGCUGGAGAAGACCGGAUUGCCAUACGUCCACUGGUGAACCGAAACAAGUUGUUCGGCGUGAAGUCGAUACUUGACUACAGUGCUGAGGAAGAUGUGAGCAGUGAACAGGCAACGGAAUCAGAAAUGAGUUCAUGUGUACCAGAAAAUAUGACAGAUAUUGCUCAAGAGCCUGACAGACAGAAGUUUCAGGCACAUAGAGAGUUUGGUGACCGCAGAGACAAGGUUGUAUCCAGUAGGACAUAUUUCUAUGAAGGAGAAGACCAGUGUGAUAAAAACAUGAGAAUAUUCCUCGAGUCAAUUGAUGGUGUUGCAGAUGCAACCAAAAAGACUGGUUUCUGUGCAAUAAAGUUGACAGCCCUUGGAAGGCCACAGUUAUUGCUUCAAAUGUCAGAUGUGUUAGUGUCAGCGAGAAAUUUCUUUGAGAAACUGACAAGUGAAGAGGGAGAUAAUUUCUCUAGAGGUUUUCGCGAGGAUGAAUUCCUACUGAAGUUACACGAGAUGGGUGUAAAGAUAACACCGGAGGAAUGUAGCAGAUGGUUCUCUAUACUUGAUGUUAGUCAGGACGGGCAAGUUGAUAUUAUGGACUGGGAUAAUCUGUUAGAAGUUAAUAUGAAACUGGAUCAGCUCUUUGUCAUUCCUGACCCUCAGACCGGAGAGCUGAAGCCGAUGUUGCACUGCCUGGCAGACGACACAGAGAAAGAAAUGAAAAAUAUGUUACACAGAGUAAAUGAGAUUACAAAGUAUGCAGUGGAGAGAGAUGUAAGAGUUAUGGUUGAUGCGGAACAAUCAUACUUCCAGCCGGCUAUAAAUAGAUUAACGAUGGAGAUGAUGAAAAAAUUCAACAAAGAGAAAGCAAUCAUCUUUAAUACAUAUCAAUGUUAUCUUAAGUCAGCUCACAAAGCUAUCAAGCUGGAUCUAGACACAGCUGUAAGACACAAUAUUUACUUUGGUGCCAAACUUGUCAGAGGUGCUUAUAUGGAGCAGGAGAGAGAACGUGCGGCCACAAUUGGUUAUGAGGAUCCAAUCAACCCAUCAUAUGAGGCGACUACGGCCAUGUAUAACAAGGUAUUACGAGAAGUUAUGAGACAGAUACAGUUACAAGAACGUGGAAGAAUUGCAGUAAUGGUCGCCAGUCAUAACGAGGACACUGUCCGUUACACUGUAGAAAAAAUGAAGGAGUUUGGAGUAAAGCCUGCAGAUAAAGUGAUAUGUUUUGGUCAGUUACUGGGAAUGUGUGACCAGGUCAGCUUUCCAUUAGGACAAGGAGGUUAUUCUGUAUACAAGUAUGUACCGUACGGUCCCGUGGACGAGGUACUUCCAUACCUGUCUCGUAGAGCCAUGGAAAACAAAGGCAUUCUGAAAAAAGUGAAAAAAGAGAAGAAACUAUUAUGGAAAGAAAUAUCUCGCAGAAUAAAAUCUGGACAAUUAAGAUAUGAUCCCCUAAAGAAUCUCCCUGAUAUAACACCGGUGUGAAGUACUGGUAGCGUGGUUACAGGAGACCUACAGUCGAUAUACAUAAUCAUUAGAUAUAUCAGUGAUAAAUACAUUUAUACAAUACUCUAUGUGUUUGAAUACUCAUAAUUUUCAUUUUAAAUAAUAAACAUUCUCCAUUUUAGUUGAAUCUCAACAUUUUUAAAAUCUAUGGGGUUUUUUUUUAAUGAGAUUUUUAUUUGUUAUCAUUUUUGAUGUUUAGACUAUGAUAAUAAAUUCAGAUCUGCACAAACACAAGAGCUUAGCCUGCAUAUACUGAUCAGAACACAUAUAACUGCUCAAUUACAAUAUCUAAUGAUCUUAAAAUUCCUUAAAAUGACUUGUGGACUGUUAUUAAUUCAAAACAUGGCUAGUCAAUUAUUCUUGUCUAGUGAUGGUACGGUUGAAAAGUUGAUCAAGCCUUGGGGCCAACUACGGGUGGUUGGGGGGGGGGGGGUUGAGUAAGUAUAAACUUAAGCCGGUUUGAAGUUGGUGAAGGAAAAAAGGAUUAGAUCUGAAUUUAUAUGCAACACAAUUAGACUGUGAUUUAUUCUAAUGGCUAUUUUCAUAAUGUUUGAAUAUCAGUUAAUUUUAUUUUGAAGUUUCUUUAUAUUUUGUGUUGGUUUUUUUAUUUGACCAUAAUUGUUUUGUUGUUAAUUUUUAUUUGCUCACCAAAGUACAAUGUAAUGUGUUCAAAGUGAGCUUAUUUAAUCACUCAAUUCUUUGUUAGAAUUGUCUGUCCAUCUGUUUGUUUGUCUGUUUGUCUGUCCUCGUAUCUAUCUGUCCUGACAAGAGGACAUAUUAUAAUGGUUUAGUGAUUCUUUUGGUGCAAUUUUGAUAUUAUUGACUUUUAUAGAAAUCUUUGAUGGUAUUAGAACACUUGUUAACAUUUUGUUAACAUAAGUAUGAAGAUAACUUUUGACUUAUUGGGAACUGAGCUAUUUUUAUUUAUUUAUAUUUUUUUUAUAAAAAAUUGUGUAAAUUGAAGAGUUUUGAUUAUGUUAGCAUGUUAUAUUGAGGCAAUGUUUAUUCUUAGAGGUUUGGACUUCAUUUACCAAAAAAUAACAGUGAGAGUUGUAUUACAAUCACAGGAUUUUUUCUUUCAAUCAUAGUUUGGAUUUUAGGUUCAUGUAAGGCACACUCUCAAUUUUUUUGGCAACUAUUGAUGAAUCUCAUUGUAUUGUUUGUUUAAUGCACUAUUGUUUUGUUAUUAUUGUACCACUAUACUGUACAACUGCAUAAUAUAUACUGAUACAGGUAUACCAGUACUUUACAUAAAUAAAAUAUUAUAACAGUUGACACCAAAAUGGUCAUUUAAAUGAUCACUUCCCUUAAA